CGUGAGCCACCGCGCCCAGCCGCAUGCAGCCUCUUUAAACUUUUUCCUGUUUCAGCUGAACGCCUUGUGAUCUGGGCUUUUUUCUAGCCCAGUCUUCCCUUGGGCAAGGGGACUUCCCAGACUCCAGACCACCUCACGCCUUGAAGACACGGUCAUCUCCUCCUACCUCUCUGCUUGCUCCAUCCUGGCCUCCUCCUCCUCCCACCCCUUCAAAGGAAGACCUGUCCCCCGAAGAAAUGUGCUCUCCCUUUUCAUUUUCCAUACCUACUUCCCUUCCCUCUGCCCUCGAUCCAGACACUGCCUUGGCUUCACACGGGAGCCAUUUCUGGGGGACACCAGUUUACCUGGGGGCACUCCCCCAGUGCUUGUCUGGGCAGUGACUCCCUUGACUCAGCAGCCUUGAGGUCCCUCCUGCACUGGCCUGCAGGAUGGGUCGGGUUCUCUGCAGUAGAUAUUGGUGGCCUUCAAGGACCAGAGGUAGUUGAGAAAGCGUAGGUCUCACCCCACACUUCCCCAUCGGGUGGCAUGUUACACGAAAUCAACUCUCAGACCCAACAGCUACCCUACUGGAAACAUCUGUUAGCACGAAGCACAGAAACAGACACCCCGCCUCUGCCCAUGAGCUCCGGGAAGUCCCACUCUGUCCCGUCACAAAAGCUUUUGUCAGGGCGAAUUCAAGGACAUGCUCACCAAUGACUAGCUAACCUCCAGUCGGAGCAUCACCUGUGGGGGCCCAGAACCACUCAGAGAAAGUUCCAGACCCAGGGCACUGCCCUGCUGGUGGCUGGGCUGGUCCAGGCACAAGCAGAGGGGACUUGUGGUGCUUCUUCCCAGGCACACAUCUUCAGUAACACUUUUUUUACUACAGAACAAUGAUUUCUGACCCUCCCGUGCUAAUGCACAGACCCUCUGCUGUGACAGUAGACAACCACAUUUGAAGUGCUGGCUGUGGCUGCCCCUGGAGGGUAGACUGCUGCUCAGGUCUUUCAAAAACACCAACUAAAAUUAACUCACAUGCCCACAAAAUCACAGCAGCGCUGAGGCGAUAACAGCCAGCACAGCUGCCUGACCGUGGCCCCUGCUGGGCUCCGUGCUCUUGCCCCACGAUGGCCACCUCUCUGCAAGGCACGCAAGACACCUCACCUUCUGCUUCGGGGGUCCCUCUGACCCAAGUUGGCCCCCACCUUGUCCAGUCAAGCCACUGACCCAGUGUGUUUUCUGGCCAGUCAGAUACUCCCACCCUUAGGUCUCUGCAGCCCUCACCUCUGGGCAAAGGCCUGCGCUGGGGUCACCAGCAGGGUCGGAUUCCAACCUAUUCUGGAAGGUUGAAGGGGUGAGAUAUAAAAGAAAGUGGAGGUGGAGGUGGGGAUGGGCUGAGGGGCCAAAAGAUGUACUGGGGAAGAGGGCAUUUCUUGGGGUCCUCCAACGUCCCGGCUCAUGAGCUUCCCCCUCCAAGGGAGCAACCUGAGGUACACGGAGUGGCCUUGUGACAAGGACACAGAACACACCUCCACCUUGGCUUGGGACUCCUGCAGCCUAUGCAGCCAGCUCUUCUUCGCCCACCCUCUUCUCCUGGGAUCUGCUGCUCUGGAACUUCCCUCUACCUCUGGACUCUGCCUUCAGCCAGGGUCGGGGACAGCAGGAAGGCAGAUCCCAUUGCAGACAGGCCUGCCUUCCUUGGGGCCUCGCGUAAAUCCACAGGAAUCUGCUGGGGCUCUGCCCUCUGGCUGGGGCAGGUGGAACUGGCUAGAUUGGUGGUGGGGGGACCACUGUGCUUGCCAUAGGGACUGACUCAGCUGCCCCACAGGGGAGCACAUUGGAGUAACAGGGGAGGCUGACCCGAGCCUGGCCCGGCUCCACACUCCCCACUCCCACCCUACCAUCAGAGACUCGCAUUUAAUUGCCAUUCAUUUCCCCUCUCUGAAUUCAACCUAGGCACAGAUCAAAUGAUUCCAUGAUGACAAACCGCUUGUCUCAACUGACCAGAUUCCUCUGGCAAACACUCCGCUGACCUUGGGCAGCUCCCUCUGCUCCCACCUCCUCGGGUCCUUGUGCUGCUGGGGCCUUGUGGAGUAGGCUGGACAUCAAUGAUAACACUAACAGUAGCCGGCCUUCCACCAAGCUCUUUACGUAGGGGACGCCUAUGUCUGUGCUUCACUGGCGUCAUCUCACAAGGCCCUGAGCUAGCAGGAAAUUGAGGUCUCAAGGGGAAAAGCCACCUGCCCCCAGUGACAGCCAGGAAGUGCAAGACUCUGACCCAACCCCCAUGCCUGCCAUCCCCAAACAUGGGCUCAAAACCCCUUCCCAGGGACAGCUGUGUCCACCCCUCAGCAGGAGGAGGAGACCCCACAGCACCAGGUGAGAGGAAGAAAACCGUCUACCGGAGUCUGUGCCUGGCCCUGGGCCUGCUCGUGGCCCUGACAGUGUUCCAGCGCAGUCUCACCCCUCGUCAGUUUCUGCAGGAGCCUCUGCCACCCACCCUGGAGCCACAGAAGGCCCAGAAACCAAAUGGACAGCUGGUGAACCCCCACAACUUCUGGAAGAACCUGCAAGAUGUGGCUGCGCCUACGCCCGUGGCCUCUCAGGGGCCCCAGGCUUGGGACGUGACCACCACUAACUGCUCAGCCAAUAUCAACUUGACCCGCCAGCCCUGGUUCAAGGGCCUGGAGCCGCAGUUCCGGCAGUUUCUCUUCUACCGCCACUGCCGCUACUUCCCCAUGCUGCUGAACCACCCAGAGAAGUGCGGGGGCGAUGUCUACCUGCUGGUGGUUGUCAAGUCGGUCAUCACGCAGCACGACCGCCGCGAGGCCAUCCGCCAGACCUGGGGCCGCGAGCGGGAGUCCGCUGGUAGGGGCCGAGGCGCAGUGCGCACCCUCUUCCUUCUGGGCAUGGCCUCCAAGCAGGAGGAGCGCACGCAUUACCAGCAGCUGCUGGCCUAUGAAGACCGCCUCUACGGCGACAUCCUGCAGUGGGACUUUCUCGACACCUUCUUCAACCUGACCCUCAAGGAGAUCCACUUCCUCAAGUGGCUGGACAUCUACUGCCCCCACGUCCCUUUCAUUUUCAAAGGCGACGAUGAUGUCUUCGUCAACCCCACCAACUUGCUAGAAUUUCUGGCUGACCGGCAGCCACAGGAAAACUUGUUCGUGGGCGACGUCCUGCAGCACGCUCGGCCCAUCCGCAGGAAAGACAAUAAAUACUACAUCCCCGGAGCCCUGUACAGCAAGGCCAGCUAUCCCCCGUACGCAGGUGGUGGUGGCUUCCUCAUGGCCGGCAGCCUGGCCCGGCGCCUGCACCAUGCCUGCGACACCCUGGAGCUCUACCCGAUCGACGAUGUCUUUCUGGGCAUGUGCCUGGAGGUGCUGGGCGUGCGGCCCAUGGCCCACGAGGGCUUCAAGACUUUUGGCAUCUCCCGCAACCGCAACAGCCGCAUGAACAAGGAGCCGUGCUUUUUCCGCGCCAUGCUCGUGGUGCACAAGCUGCUGCCCCCUGAGCUGCUGGCCAUGUGGGGGCUGGUGCACAGCAAUCUCACCUGCUCCCGCAAGCUCCAGGGAAGAGUCUUCUGUGAAAUGCCUCAGUCUCCCCAGAGGCCAGGUGGCCCUGGCAGGAGAAACUCAACCCUGUGCAGGCUCACAGGCACCCAGCAGUCCACACCCUGGUCUCCUGGGAGAGAGAGCCCAGCAGGCUCUUCGCAGCCCCAGGCCUGCCUGGAGACGGCUGCCUGUGCUCCAGGGCCUCGGCUCCUGGCUGUGUCCUGUAAGGUCUGGAAGGGCGACCGCUCUGACUACCUCAGCACCCCUCAGAACCUCCCUGGGGCUGCAGUCCUACCCUACCCCGACACAGGGCAGAAGAGCAGUGCUCCUGGCCCCCCGACGUCCCGGAGCUGCUGACCCCCACCCAAGGCGAGUUCCUCCCGCAGCCCCCACCAGCCCAGGCCUGGCUCCCUGGCUGGAAAGCAGCCGGUUUGGCCCUGGAAAUGGACAUUCCUCUAUUACUGUGAAGUUUUAUUUAUGAAGAAUUUGGAGGGAGAAGGCUCCAGGCUUCAGGAGGGGGUGGUGUCCUCCCUUCCCUUCCCUCAUUCCAGCUGCCUGCCCUCAGCACCCCCAGGCCCCUCACAGCCCAGCCCCCUCCAGAGCCCUGUCCCACCGCACCCUGCUUCUCCAGGGCCUAGCAGACCAGCAUCUGCCCGGUGAAGGGAUGGAUCAGCCGUGGGGGUGGGUGCAGAAAGUUGCCACCUCCUACCUCAGCGGGGGUCACCUAGGAAAGAUGGAGGGAUUGACACUAUUUUCUCAAUAAAAUGGGACCUUUUUUUUUUGUUUUUUUGUU